CGUUUGCUACCAUCGGCAGGUGGUGUUUGUGGACAUCAAUGCAGAGGCAGGGGAGAAAACCGAGAGAGAAUUCCGCCAAGAGUUUGGGGAGGAGAAAGUGAGGUUUAUUCCCCUUGAAUGUCUUCCAGAACGCAAUUGAGCAUCUUGGCCGUGUAGAUAUCAUGGUGAACAAUGCUGCUAUUGUGAACGAAGGGUCCGGCUGGCAACGGGUGAUAGCUAUCAACCUGACGGCUGUGAUUGUUGGCACAAAACUGGCGGCCGCCCACAUGAGGAAAGACAAAGGGGGGAAAGGAGGAAGGAUUGUUAGUACUUUGUCUGUUGCAGAAAGACCCAACUCGUCCGGACCAAGGAAUCGAAUACGCAAUGAUCGCCCCCGAUGCUGUCGAUACACCAAUGUUUCAGUCCGUGGACAGUAAUCGAGUUCUUUUCUGGGACGAGUUGAAAGACGAAAUGAAGAGGAGAAUGAUGAAACCACAGGCAGUUGGAGAAGCCUUCCUACAACUGCUCCGAAGUGACGUCAUCAACGGCGCCAUCUUGCAAGUGGACAUCCAGGGGAAGACUUUCCGCCACAUGGAGUGUGUCAACGACGGUGUCACCUUUGACCCCAGCAAAGCGUUCUAGCAACUUUUUUUGUUCCUUUGAUCCACAAGUGAUCCCACUGUGAUUUGACCUAAUUCUUAUUAUAAUAUUGCAAGGUUUU